AUGGUAUUCCAUUUAAACCCUUUUCUUAUUAUCCUAAGAGAGACUCCUGGCAAGAGGGUAGUGAUUGCUGCUUAUGGGACGGUGUCACUUGUGGUAGCUUCACAGGCCAACUUCUCUGGCCUAUUACCAACUGAAAUCUUUCACCAAUCUGAACUUGUUUCCAUUGAUCUUUCUGGUAGUGAUACCCUUCAGUUUCCAGAUUUGAGCCAACGGGUUUUCAGUAAACACUUGCAGAAUCUAACAAAAUUAAGUUAUCUUCAUCUUCAUGAUGUUGAUAUGUCUUCAGUUGCAGCCAGCUCCUUUAAGAACUUGUCUUCUACUCUCAUAUCUCUUGAUCUCAAUGACACUGCUCAGCAAGGAAAGUUCCUAGAAGAUGUUUUCCACCAUCCAUUGCUCCAAUGGCUAAAUUUAUCCAACAAUGAAAAGCUCACAUGUAAUUUACGAAAGUCUAAUUAG